AGGAGCUUCACCAAAUGAAUGUCUGUGUAACAGACUUCAGGUGAGGGAGCCUAUCAGCUUGCACGUUUUAUUUUGCUGAGUCAGCAGCGUCAGCAGCGCUGGUAUAUAACGGCGCGUCACGUCACUGACCGGUACUCCUUUACAGGACCUACAGCUGCGUGUAUCAGAGCGAGCCUGAGAGCGAGCAUUUUUUGCUAGCUACCGAGCGACCCCAUCUGAUAUACACGGAGAUUUUCACUCGAUUUUCUAAAGCCUUUCCACCUUCCAACGACUUGUGCACCUUUAUCCCUUCACCUGGACCUUUGGGACACACAUCUGACAGGAGACAGUCCCAUCUUUCUUCCACAGAGCAGCAGGACUUGGUGCGAAGCACGAUGCCUCGUGGUAAGUCCUAUCGCCGCUCUCUGGCAGCCAAGAAGCGAAUGGCAGAGCAGCGAAGCGCUGGCGUUGAACGCUUCAACGCCAGUCCCUAUGGCUCCAGCAAUGCCAGUGCACGGCAUGGUACUGGGUACCGCCAUCCCGUGCAGAAAUGGCCAGUUUCGUCGCUGUCUGGGAAGCAGCACAAACUGGUGUUUAUGCCCGAGUCUCCUGACAAGAAGUUUGUUCUUCUUGUGGGUGAUUCCCACCUUCGUGCCAUCGCCGACCGGCACGUGUCCAUGCCAGAGGGAAGGUUUUCCUUUGGCAUCAUGUCUACACCCGGGGGCGCUGCUCAUGAUUUGAGGGCUGAGCUUGUGCACGCUCACGUCCCUCGAACUCCUGAUGCAGUUUGUCUUCUGGCCCCAUCCAACAACCUCACACAUUCCAGGACCAUCUCAGAUGCUGGUGCCGACUUCACCGAGCUUCUGAAUGCUGCCUGCAAUCGGUGGUCCAACGUUGUAGUGGUGGAUUUCCCCCCCCGCUUCAACUGCGACCAGCAGUACCAAGAACUGCUGCGCCAGGAAUUCCAUAGGGUUUGUGUCCGCUUGGGUGUGCGGUAUUUUCCAACGGCAUGUCACUUUCCGUUGGAGAACACAGACCUGUGGGCUAGAGAUGGCAUUCACCUGUCAGAACCUGAGGGCAUGAGCGUGCUAUCACAGCUGAUGUGGCAGGCUGCUUACGUUACACUUGACACAGUGCCACAACCCCCCGCUGUGAAAGCACCCCUCAGACCACUAGCACCAUGCAUCAAGCCAAAACUUGUUGUGAAGGGUGAGGACACUCCACCACGUCCUCCGGUGAACCCCUUCGUGUGGCGCACUGUUCAAAGGGGCAAAGAGGGGAACUCAUCAGGGGAGCCUGGCCGGUCCUCUGGUGUGCUUCCUCAGAGAAGGAAGGUACAGAAGCAGGUGGUGAAGGAGUGUACCAUCCCGCUAAACCCAGUCUGGUUUAGCUUUGCCCUGUUGGAUGAGAUGGACAAGCUUGUGCCAUCUCAUCUCCCUGGUACCGCGGUUCCAGAGGGCAAGCAGAAGGCCUUUGUGGAGCGCAGGAGGAGUGCUGCCUCCAAGAGGAGUCGGUCCGACCGGCAGGCGGAGGCAGUACCUAGCGUGGUAGAUUUGACAGCCAGGGUCACUUCUACUACGUUCAUGCGGGAGACGGCGGAGGCGGAGGAGGCGGUUCCGAGUGUUGUGGGAGCGUCCCCCGAGUCCCCUGUCCAGUCCCCCGACCAGGCUGCGCCGGUGGAGGGUCCUGCCCGCCCCCAUCGCACUCAAAGGCCCGUCAAAGGUCAGAGUGUUGCAGCUCCAGUUUGCAUGUGUUCUGAGCAGUUGCCCCCACCUUUAAUUUCAGGCAGUAGUUUUGUAGGUCAGUACUCUGACGUGAAUACUUUGCUCACUUGUAGUGCUGUGGCUGCAAUCAAACACACGAUUGCACCUGUGUGUACAUGGCGUGGCAGGGACAUAGACGAGGUCAGGUCAGAAGGGACUAAGUUGGUGGAGUUUCUGGUUGAGGAGAGUAAGAAGGUUCCAGCCGGAGAAAGGGAGUUGUGUACGCUUAUUGAGAAGCACACAGUCUUUGGAGGGAAGUGGAGCGUUGACAUUGGUAGGCCAGAGUACUUUGUAGUGAAGCCACCAGGGGAGGACACACUUGUGUCUGAGAAGCUGCAGGAUCUGUUGUUGAGGGAUGGCAUGUGUCUCUUUGGUGUUGAUGGUCUUGCUACUGCAGUGAUACAACACAAAGAUUACAUUGUUGUUGUUGACUGCAGCACACGUGAUGCCAGUGGUUCUGAUCCUAGCUGCAGCAGAUCUGUGGCUGUGUUUAACACAUGCCUGAACGACCUGAUGUUUCACAUCAGGGGGCUGCAGAAGUCUUUCAACGCACAGACGUAUGUUGUUGCCAGCAUGUCUGUUAAGCCACUUGAUGUUGGACUCUGUGUUGAGACUGUUUCAGAGGUUGCAGACAGUGAUGAUGACAUGCAAGUUGCAGGUGAGGUUCAGGAGAGCAGCUCAGUCAGGUCUGCAUGUCAUGUGAGAUCAGUGCAGGGAACUUUUCAUCAGGGAGAUGAUCAGUUUGAGUUUGGAGGAUUUCAGUGUAUGGCCAUAAGCCUCGUUGGAAUGGCGAAACACACAACUGACAGUGUGUUUUCAUGGCAGUCAAAGACCUUGGAUGAUGUGGUCGUGUCAGGGGACAAGUUGUAUGCCUCUUUAAGGAAGAACAACUUGAUCAGUGAUAAAGUAUCACUCUUUCUUUGUGUUCCUGAUCUGCCCAAACAGCAUGUGGUUGAUGGGCAGAGCUUUGACUUUGAGUACGGUGACUUUGUAAGUGGACUGGUAGGUGUGGAUGAAGGUCCCACUAUUGAGCUAGGUGUACAUGUGAGCUUGAAAAGGGGAUUGAUAGACAUGUUCACUCAAUAUGACACAUGUCUGUUGACAGUGCAGGGUAGCACUUGUGCUAUCGUUCAUCAGGGUGGACGGUAUGCAGUGGUUGAUUCCCAUGCUCGUAGUGCUGAGGGAAUGUUGCAUGGUAACGGGAAGAGUGUUGUUGUGUAUUUCAGUUGCAUUGAUCAUGUCUAUGAUCACAUAUGCAAGUUGUCACGCAUGUUGCCAGUAGGUGUCAAGCAGUUUGAGAUAGCUGGUGUUCGUGUGUCUCUCCCAGGGUUAGUUGUUGACGGUGAUAAGUCAUUAGGACAGUCACUAACUGUAGAAAGCAGAAAGAGCGUGUUUGGAAGCAGUGUCUCUGAGGUGUCCAGUGGUCAGCCAGCAGUCAGCUGUAGCAGCAGUGUGAGGGCAGAGAAGCGCAAGAGGUCAGCAGAAAGUUUUCUGUCAAAGAAGUUGAAAAGGAGUGAUGAUUCAGAUGUUGUGUUUGUUAGUGAUGUGGCUAGUAAAGGACUGCAGUUUAAUCCUCUUCGUAGGGAAGUUUCAGAAGCGUUGUGUAAACAGUUGAACGUGGAGUCAGAGAUAGUUGAUGCAGUUUCUUCAGAGGUUGGUCAGUUAGGAGCGCCGUGUAAAAACGAGUGUAUACAGGGUGACGGUAAUUGUUUCUUCAGAGCAGUCAGUCAAGCUGUUAGUGGUACUCAAAAGAACCAUAGGAAAGUUAGACUUGCAGUUGUAAAGCAGUUAGAAAGUAAUGUAGCAAAGUACAAGAGUCUUUUGAGGAGUGAGUUUUCUUCUGUGGCAGAGUACCUUAGGAAGUCAAAAAUGCAGUAUGUUGGCAGAUGGGCUACAGAGGUAGAGAUUCAAGCAGCAGCAGAUUGUUUAGGUGUCAGUAUAUUUACUUAUCAUCAGGGUGGCUGGCUUGAAUAUAGUUGUAGGAAUAGACAGUUUUCAAAUCAGGGAAUUUAUUUAGAACAUUGUAAUGAUACUCAUUAUGAGACUGUUGUUUGUGUUCAACAGCCUCAAAUUCAGGGUUGCUAUGGCUACUGCAGAGUGGACGAGUCUUGUAUGGCAGGUUACAAUAUUAGACAGCGUAAAGGGAAAGAGAGUGCUUGUUUGGGAGCUUCGAUUUCAGCUGCAAGUUUAGACGUUCAGCAUGUAGAAGGUGAUGUUACAAAACAGCCCCAGCUUAGGACAUUAUCAAAGUAUUUGAAAAGGAAGAGGAAAUUAGAUGAGAAAAUGAAAUGCCAGGAAUUUCGGUAUAGUCAGAGAAGAAAAGACAGUAAAAAAUUUAGAUACCAGGAAAAUGUGUUACAUAGGGAGAAAGUAAAAAGAAGAAGUGUAGAAAGAAGUAAAAUCAAAUACCAGACUGAUGUGACACACAAAGAGAAAGUUAGGAAAAGAAGUAAAUUAAAUUAUGAGGAGAAUGUUUUGCAUAGAGAGAAAGUUAGGAAAAGAAGUAAAUUAAAUUAUGAGGAGAAUGUUUUGCAUAGACAGAGAGUCAAGAAAAGCAGUAAAUUAAAAUAUCGACAGAAUGUUUUGCAUAGAGAGAGAGUCAAAGGAAUAAGUAAAUGCAAGUAUCGGUUAGAUAAGUUGCAUAGACAGCGUGUAAAAGCCAUGAGUAAAAGGAAGUACCAUGGUAAUUCAGAGCAUAGGGAGAGUGUUGCAGCAGGUAACAGAGUGAGGAGGCAGAAUCAGAAAGAAAAGGCAGAACAGUUUGAUUUUGUGAUGGAACAGUUUUUAAAGAAAGUAGAGGAUGGUCCAGAUUAUGUUUGUUGUGUCUGCCACAGAUUAUUGUUUAGACAUCAGGUUUUAAGUUGUAAAAAGGAAGAUUACAACAAACAGAGAGGAGUAGCUUUGAUAGCAGAUAAGUGUUUGACAGAAGAUUACUUGCAUAAAUGUAGUCAGGACUGUGAGAUGCCUUGUAAGUUGUUAGAUUCACAGAGAGGUCAGAUGUGGAUUUGCUAUACCUGUCAUUUAAAGAUUAAUAAAGGGGAAGUCCCACCUGAAAGUGCAGUUAAUAAUUUGGGACUUAAUCCCAUUCCUCCAGAGUUGGUGUGUUUGAAUAGUUUGGAGCAACAUUUGAUAGCUUUGCACAUUCCAUUUAUGAAGAUGUUAGCGUUGCCUAAAGGUGGGCAAAAUGGUGUUCAUGGACCGGUAACUUGUGUCCCUGCUAACAUUGUGCAGACAGACAAUUUGCUGCCCCGUUCCAAUAUGGAAGGGUCUUUGUUGAGGGUGAAGUUAAAGCGUAAAUUGACUUACAAAGGGCAUUAUGAGUAUCAGUUUGUGGAUACGAUGCAUGUCAGGAAAGCUUUGCUUUACUUGAAGAGGACUAAUGUGUUGUAUGAAGAUGUAGAGUUUAAUGACGAUUGGCUUAAUGAGUUUUGUAGGGAAGAAGAAGAAGAUUUGCCAGAGGUUAGUGUUCCUAAUGUAGAGAGUCCAGAUGCAGCUACAGGUGAAGCUGAGGAUGAGCAGCUGCAUGACAGACAGCAGCAUUGUAUGUUUCAGGACACUUGUCUUAUGCCUGUUGAUUUAGGUCAGGAAGCAUUAGAUCAGUAUUUUGAUGAUACAUUGAAUUUGGCUCCAGCUGAGGGAAAUAGUCCCAUUAGGUUGUUGUCUGAUGAGGCAAAUGAAGCGAAAUCUUUUCCAGUGUUGUUUCCAGAUGGUUGCAAUACAUUUCACGAGAGUAGACAGCAUAGGCUAACAUUGUCACGUUAUUUAAAUAACCGUAUUUUACACGCAGAUGGUCGGUUUGCACGCAAUGUAGAGUACAUCUUUUUCGCCCAGUACAUGUCAGAGUUAGAGCAGGUAGUGUCCAAAGUGUCUAUAGCCUUACGGAAAGGGAAAGGAGGUCAUCAGUCUCAAAGAGUAGGUGAGGAUUUGUUAAGAAAUGAAGAGUCUUUGAAGCAGUUGUUGGAGUUUGAUGAUGGCUUUCGUUUCUUAAAACCUAUUAGAGGUACUCCAGCAUUUUGGCAGGGAGCUCAGAAGGAUUUAUUGGCUUGUGUAAGGCAGCUAGGUGUUCCUACGUGGUUUUGUUCUUUUUCAUCUGCUGAUAUGCGAUGGAAAAAUCUUUUGAAUAGUAUUUUGAAACAGGAGGGUAGGACACAGACAUUUGAAGAGUUAGAGUGGGCAGAUAGGUGUGAGUUGUUGCGCAGAAAUCCCGUCACAGCAGCCAGAUCUUUUGAUUUUCGUUGGCAUUGCUUUCUCAGGGAGGUUCUGAUGUCUCCAGCUGAGCCGAUAGGUAAGAUCAAGGACUACUUUCAUAGGGUAGAGUUUCAGCAGCGUGGCUCACCACACAUUCAUAGUUUGUUUUGGAUUGAGAAUGCCCCAAAGAUUGAUAAAGAUUCGGAUGAGGAAGUUGUUGCAUUCAUUGAUAAAUAUGUAACAUGUGAGCUGCCGUCAGAGGAUGAGGAGUUGUUGGAUAUUGUUAAGUCAGUGCAGCAACAUUCAAAGCGACAUUCUAAAACUUGUAAGAAGAAUAAAACGGUUUGUCGUUUUAAUUUUCCCAGGCCAGCUUCAGGUAGGACUUUUAUAGCUCGUGGUAAAAGUUUAGAAGAUUUAAAGAAGACGUGCAAGUGUCAGGUAGAGAAGACGGGUAGUUCGGCUGUGUGUACAUGUAAAAGUCAGAUUGAUAAGGACAGUGAGAAAAGGAUGAGGGACCACGCAGCAGACAUUUUGGCAGCAGUGAAGAAGGCUCUUUCUGAUGAGAAUAGAAGCUUUGGUAGUUUGGACGAGUUGUUUGAGAGUUUAGGGAUCACUCAGAGAGCUUUUGAGAGAGCUUAUAAACUCUUUAGUCGGAAUACACAUGUCGUGUUGAAAAGAGAGGUUAAUGAAGUGUGGGUUAAUCAGUACAGUAAGCCACUUUUGAAAUGCUGGAAUGCCAACAUGGACAUUCAGUAUGUUGUUGAUGCAUAUGCAUGUGUGGUUUACAUUGUCUCUUAUAUUUCAAAGGCAGAGAGAGAGAUAGGGCUGUUGUUAGGGAAUGCUCAGAGAGAAGCAGCUAAGGACAAAAAUCUUAGUGCCAAGGAUGCUUUGAAGAAUCUAGGCAGUGUUUAUCUUCACAACAGAGAUGUGUCGAGUCAGGAAGCGGUGUACAGGUUGGUACCCAGCAUGCACCUGAAGGAGUGUUCUAGGAAGGUUGUGUUUGUCCCAACAGGGGAAAAUGUUGUGAAGAUGAGUCUGCCUUUAAAUGUGUUAAAACAAAAGGCAGCGUCAUCACAGGGUCUUACUUCAGAAGACAUGUGGAUGACUAGUUUAGUGGAUCGCUAUAGGAACAGGCCGGAUGAUAGCGAGUUUAAAGACAUGUGUUUGGCAACUUUUGCUUCAGAAUAUCGUGUUCUGAGCAAAAAUGAGAAGAGUCAGAAUAGGGUGAAACUGAAGAAAGAUUUUGGUUUUGUCUCAAAAAGAACGCGUUCACAACCUGCGGUUGUCCGUUACGCGCGCUUUUCUGAGACAAAAAAUCCAGAAUCUUUCUUUCAGAGCAUUUUGCAGUUGUUUCUUCCCCAUCGUGUUGAUAGACAGCUUAAACCCCAGAACUGUGAGACGUGUGAGGAUUUUUACAUGAAUGGUCAUGUGAGGUUAAGUGAUGGAUCCAGGCAUUCGGUGAAGUCAGUUGUUGAUUUGAAUAGAAGCAGAUUUGAGAUGGAAGGUGAUAAAUUGGAUGAUAUCCAACAUGAAGUUGACAGUAAUGUUGUGUUAGAGGAUGCCUGGUGCGAGCUGUGUCCAGAGCAGGAACUGGAACGUUUACAGAGUCUGCAAGAGCAGAAUGAGACAGAGCAGGUAGUAGAGGAGCAUGUUGAAAACAUUCCAGAUUUGGCAGUUAGCAGCAAAGAGAUCUGUCAUUUAGAGAAAAGAAGUAAUGUUUUGAGCAGAACUGAUGGUUUGGCAUUGGUUAGGUCUCUGAAUGAGACACAGUUGUCUGUUUUCUACCAGAUUCGUCAGUGGUGUUUAGAGAAGGUCAAUGGGAAAAAGCCAGAUCCCCUGCACGUGUUUGUAACCGGCGGGGCUGGUACCGGUAAGAGUCAUCUGAUUAGGGCUAUUCAGUAUGAGGCUAUGAGGUUGUUGUCACCGGCAUGUCGUCAUCCGGACAACACUUGUGUUUUGUUGACUGCUCCUACAGGGAUUGCUGCAUACAAUCUGCAUGCAGCAACUAUUCACAGCACGUUUAGCAUUGGAGUGAAUGUACGCCUACCGUACACUCCUCUGGGUGAAGAGAAGAUCAAUUCUCUGCGUGCUAAGUUGUGUGAUCUGCAGAUUUUGAUCAUUGAUGAAAUCUCCAUGGUAGAUCACAGGUUGUUGGCUUAUAUUCAUGGUAGAUUGAGGCAGAUCAAACAGACUGGUGACUUUGCUCCGUUUGGUAACGUGAGUGUGAUUGCAGUGGGAGAUUUUUUCCAGUUGCCUCCCGUUAAAGGGAAACCACUGUAUGUUGAUGAUCAGGGUGUGAACUUGUGGUCCAGUCUGUUUAAGGUUGUUGAAUUAACAACAGUUGUUAGGCAACAGGAUUCAGUCUUUGCAGAGUUGUUGAACAGGGUCAGAACUCGGUCUAAAGAGACUCCAAUGCUGCUCAGUGACAUUAGGACACUGCAGCAUUGUGAAACUGGUGAAGUCAGCUCAGCUUUGCACAUAUUUCCGACAAACAGACAAGUAAAUGAGCAUAACAUUCAGGAGCUAUUCAGGACUUGUCCUGAAUAUGUUGAGAUUGAAGCACAGGAUUAUGUGAAUAGCAAGAAAACAGGGAAGUUAGAGUUGAUUAGUGGACAUCACAGCAGAACGUAUAACACAUCUUUAGAGGAAACACUUCCCUUGGGGAUAGAUGCCCGUGUUAUGCUCUGUAAGAAUGUAGAUGUUUUGGACGGUCUGGUUAAUGGUGUGUGCGGUAUUGUUACUCACAUAGUGUCUUCUACUGAUGGUGCUUUUCCAAAGACGGUGUUUGUAAAGUUUGAUGACGAUCAGGUCGGUGCUCAGAGGAGGAAACAAUCUGUUGGUGUUUCUGUUUAUUUGGUUGGUUCUACGGGUAUUGACCCAGAGGAAGAGAGGGUGACGAACAAAGGUGGAUUGCGAAGACAAUUUCCACUUAAACUUGCUUGGGCUUGUACGGUGCAUAAAGUGCAGGGGUUGACUGUCGACAGUGCCGUAGUAUGUUUGAAAAAGGUUUUCACUGCAGGACAGGCGUAUGUAGCCUUAAGCCGUGUUAGAAGUCUGUCUGGUUUGAUCAUUCAAGACUUUAGAGAGAAGGUAAUUUACUGUAAGGAUGACAUCAAGGAUGCAGUUAAGAGUAUGCCUCCAUUCUUGGUUGAUGUCAUACCCCGGCACACAUCAAAUACACUUACUGUGUUUUUGAUGAACGUGCAAAGUUUAAGUCUACAUGUGUCAGAUUUAGCUUUGUGCACACAGCAUUUGCAGCCUAACUGUAUUGCUGUAACAGAAACAUGGUUACCCACUGAUUCUGUAUUAGAAAAUGUAAAGAUCGGUGGUUACAGUUUCCUGAACUGUCCUCGGAGUGAAGCGUACAGAAGUGACCACCCAGCUUUGAUAGCAUUGCAAGCCCAACAACAUGGUGGUGUUGGCAUGUUUAGUGCAGACAAUGUGGCAUUUGACAUAAUCAAAGUGCCACAUGUGAAUUUGGAGUGUUUGGUUUACAAGUGUGUCAGUGUUGACAUACUAGUUGCAGUCAUUUAUCGACCGCCAUCGUAUCCCAUGUUUUUGUUUAAGGAGAAUCUGAGCAAGUUACUUGAUUGGCUUAACCCACUAAGUAACACUAUUGCUGUCAUGGGAGAUUUCAAUGAUGACAUUUUGAAGUCAUCAUCAAUCUGCAGUUUUGUUGCAGAGAGGGGAUUUGUUCAGCUAGUGACACAACCCACCACAGAGAGAGGCACACUUAUUGACCAUGUGUAUGUGAAAACAACACAGUACGAGGUACAGUCAGUAGUGUGGCCUACUUAUUUUAGUGACCAUGAGGGGAUUCUUUGUUGUUUUAGAAGUACAUCUGAUCCAAGUGAUGAGGCAGAGUAGUUGAGACUUUUGAUGACUGCAGGUUUGUAGUGAAAUUGAGCUUUUUGGUAGGUUUAACUUUUAUGGUUAACUCUUGUGGGUAGGUAUGGCAUAGUCUGCAUGUUUAGGGGCAAAAAAAAACAAAAAACAAAAAAAAACAUUUGCAUGCCUUUCUCUUUCUCUGUUAUAGUGUGAUAAUAUUUGUUUAGUGCUAAGGAAAAAAAACAAAAAACUCCAAAAAAACAUUUGCAUGCCUUUUCUCUUGUCUGUU